GUUAUGUGGGUCAGGCGAACAACAGAAAAGGUCUCUUUAUUAACUGUUGGCAACAUCACAUACAGCGGCGACCCACGAAUUCGCGUCAAGUUUCAGUAUCCAAAUAAUUGGCGGCUGCUCAUUAAUCCCACGCACAGGGAGGAUGCUGGCGUCUAUAUGUGUCAAGUUUCAACGCAUCCUCCGCGAGUUUUUACAACAAAUCUAACCAUUAUGGAGCCCCCUUUACGUCUAAUAGACGAUCAAGAACGGGAAGUAAGUGACCGCUUUUACAAAGCAGGCAGCACCAUAGAUCUUUAUUGCCAAGUCUCGCGUAGUUUUCUACUUAAAGAGAGGGUUAAAAUUGAAAACUCUGUACAACCAUACGAGCAGAAUCAAACAAAAGUAAAUCCUAGCAAAGGCCACAUAGGAGCCAACCGCUUGGGUUCCGGAUACAAUGAACUAUUAUCGAAUAACAACCAAAGCAAUACUAAGCUGUCAGGCCAUGCGUUUGAAAAACAAUUCAUCAGCAUGAUAUUUUGGGCAAAGGACGGCGAAGUAUUACCUUCUACAAUAAUUAAACAGUCCAGCACCUCGGAAAAGUGGCUAAUAAGUCGUGUUUCGAUCAUGGACGCCAAACUGCUUGAUAGUGGAAAUUAUUCGUGCUCCAUUGGAAAACUCUUCACUGCUAUUGUGCAGGUACAAGUGCUGGCAGGUAUAGAUGUAUUAACAAACGAUAAUCCAGCAGUAGCGACGACAUCUCUUAAUCGAGAACUGUAG